AUGGGAGCGACAGCGAGGACAAUGGGACCCCCCCCCCCCCCUAUCCCUGACAGUGGACGCGAGCCCCGGGACAAUGGGACCCCCACCCCUGACAGUGGACGCGAGCCCCGGGACAAUGGGACCCCCACCCCUGACAGUGGACGCACGCCCCGGGACAAUGAGACCCCCACUCCUGACAGUAGGCGCGAGCCCCGGGACAAUGGGACCCCCACCCCUGACAGUAGGCGCGAGCCCCGGGACAAUGGGACCCCCACCCCUGACAGUAGGCGCGAGCCCCGGGACAAUGGGACCCCCACCCCUGACAGUAGGCGCGAGCCCCGGGACAAUGGGACCCCCACCCCUGACAGUGGGCGCGAGCCCCGGGACAAUGGGACCCCCACCCCUGACAGUAGGCGCGAGCCCCGGGACAAUGGGACCCCCACCCCUGACAGUAGGCGCGAGCCCCGGGACAAUGGGACCCCCACCCCUGACAGUGGGCGCGAGCCCCGGGACAAUGGGACCCCCACCCCUGACAGUGGGCGCGAGCCCCGGGACAAUGGGACCCCCACCCCUGACAGUGGACGCGAGCCCCGGGACAAUGGGACCCCCACCCCUGACAGUGGGCACGAGCCCCGGGACAAUGGGACCCCCACCCCCACAUCACAAUCCCAGGCAAUGGGCGCGAGUCCGAGGACAAUGGGACCCCCCACCCCUGACAGUAGGCGCGAGCCCCGGGACAAUGGGACCCCCCCCCCCCACCCCUGA